GCCGGCGCGCAGGCGCAGAGGAGGCGGCGGCGGCUCCAGGAGCAGCAGAGGGAAGCGUGUCGGGAAUUGUUGCGGGAGCCGCAGCCAUGCCGGGACUGCUGCUGGGGGACGAGGCGCCUAAUUUUGAGGCGGACACCACGCAGGGCCGUAUCCGCUUCCACGACUUCCUGGGAGACUCGUGGGGUAUCCUGUUCUCCCACCCGCGGGACUUCACCCCUGUGUGCACCACGGAGCUGGGCCGGGCGGCAAAGCUGGCAGCCGAGUUCAGCAAGCGCAACGUGAAGAUGAUCGCGCUCUCCAUCGACAGCGUCCAGGACCAUCUCUCCUGGUGCAAGGACAUCAAUGCCUACAACGGGGAACAGCCUGCAGAGAAGCUCCCCUUCCCCAUCAUUGCUGACAAGAACCGGGAGCUGGCCGUCAAGCUGGGCAUGCUGGACCCAGAUGAGCUGGACAAGGAUGGGAUGCCCCUGACCGCUCGCGUGGUGUUCAUUUUUGGCCCGGAUAAGAAGCUGAAGCUCUCUAUCCUGUACCCAGCCACCACUGGGAGAAACUUUGAUGAGAUCCUGAGAGUGGUGGACUCCCUGCAGCUCACAGCAUACAAGAAGGUUGCUACCCCUGUGGACUGGAAGCCCGGUGACAGUGUCAUGGUCGUGCCCACCUUGCCUGACGAGGAAGCCAAGAAGCUCUUCCCCAAAGGGGUCUUCACGAAGGAGCUCCCGUCGGGCAAGAAGUACCUGCGCUACACCCCGCAGCCAGAGUGAGUGUCUGUCUGUCCGUCCAUCCCGCCGGGAUGCCAGGAGCCUUCCCAGGCCCAGCUCCUGCCCCUCUGACACCACACAAUCCACAGCCUCGUACCGUCACACUGGUGGUGCACUGCAGUACUAAACCAACCCUCCUGUCCCCUUCACCCCCUACAUCCCCUCAGAACUAAACCCUGGGUGUUUUCCUGCCUUGAGCCAGCCCUGCAGGGACGAGAUGAGCAGACCAGUGGGGACUCCAGGGCCCGUGCUGUGGCAUCUCUCCUGUUUGGUAGCAGCCAUGCUUUUUCCAGAGGCGUGGUGAGAAGGGGUGUCCUGCUGGGACAGGGAGCUUUGGGAGCUCCAAACUGCUGCAUGCCUUUCAGAGCAGCCGUCUAACACACCUUUGGUCCCAUGAGUAGGGGAGGAGCUGCAGAGCCAAAUCUCUCACUUCUUACUGCUUUCUCAUCUCUUGCUGGAAGGUGAUUGUUUCCAAGUUUUAUGGAAGAGGGAAUCGAGCAAAUAAACUGACCUUCAGUAGUA